AUGUCCUCGAAAGUUCGCUGGGCCAGCUUGUUUGGUUACAGCAUUGAAGGAGCAAUCGCGAAAGCCUUCACAUGGCGAUUAGCAGGCCUGGCCUGCCACAAGAGCCCCUUUAGCGAAGCCUCUGGGCCUCUUGCGUCUUUGGAACAUCACCGAGGUCAAGCCCGUAUCCCCAAAUCAGGACAUGAACGCAGCACAUCACAACACUUUGUCACUCGCUCAAUCAAUCAAUCAACCUCUUCCACUUCUCCACGAUCAGAAAUCCAACUCCAACAAAUCCAACAAACCUACUCCAGUCAUUACUCCAACCUCCUUAUCACUCGACUCCACCAUCCACGUUUUAGUUCACCAAACUCGCAUCAACUGCAAUCCAACCAUCACAUCAUCUCCACCUCAACAUUCACAUCUUUCUUCACCCCUUCGAUGUUGCAAUCAGGACACAAGAGGGCUCAGUCUCCAAACUCAUUUCCCAGCAGCUCAGAAUCAUCUGGGGAGGACCACGCCCCAACUUCGACACGUCGAGGAGGAACUCGCCGAGGACGAGGUGGAGGCCAGACAGGAAGUCAACCCACCCGCCGGCCCAAACGACCUUGCACCAACACCACACAGCUUGCAGCAGAUAUUCAAACCGACGAUCAUAAUCUUGACAGUGACGUUGAAGAUCAAGAAGAAACAAACGAAGUAAUCACUCUUCACAACUAUCACCAAAUAGGAUUGAAGUGGGGACCGGCUCGUGCUGAGAAUUAUUUGACCAACCUCGACACGCCCAAAACAAACCGACCUUCAACAAUCGGCCUCUUCGAAGCUCAAUCAGUGCAAUCAGCCUACAAUUUGGACAAGACCAUGCUGUGUAUCGUACUUAAGUGUAGCCGACAAGUGCUCGACGAGGCCUUACUGGAAGGUCCACUUUCUCGACAACCGAACUCGUAUACCAAUUAUCAGACUUAUAGCAUAGCCGCCACCACCACCAAAAUGCCACCCACCGGAAUUUCUCAGGGCUUCAAGCAGCAAAACAAGACAGUCGGUUCCACUUGGUCAGCCUACGAACCGGAAGAACGCGAGAUCUUCACCCCAAGCUUGUUCGAACGUUUGUGUGUUGCCACCAGCGAAGCCUACGCCCUCACCCAGACCCCGCUUGGCAUUCCAGGCAUCCUUCCUAAUAUCUCAGCUCCUGAGCCGAAUACAAACUCGGGACUUACACCCCUUACGCCAGACGAGGCUGAGCGCUACAUACCUGUAUUCGAACGUUUAGUUAAUUUGAGCAAGGUUUCUCGCGAUAUGCACCAAGGAAGGCUAUGGAGGCAUAGCGGGAAAAGUCAAAACAGCACUAGGGAACAGCUUAUUAAGCUUGAAGUCAACAGAAUUGUGCGACAGCUUAAAGUCCUCAACCAUCAAUUCAAUCUACACUUCCAUCUCCUACUAGCAAGCUGGAACCCCGCUUCAUCAACCCGUCAAGCCCUAUUCCAGGACAAGUACACGUCCUGCGCCCGUUGGAUGAGAUUGCAAAAAAAAAACCACCUCCUAGAAUGUCUCACGUUUGAGUCUACAAAGGCUCCAGAACACCUACGCCCACAAGGACCGGCUCAGGCCAAAACUCAAUCAGAAUCAGCAGCUCGACAAGCAAACGCCAGGGCGCAGCUUGCACAGGAACUGAACAACUUGAUAGCUCCUUUCCUCCGCAACGGUUAUUUGGGAAAGGGUGAUGCACACCCCAAAUGCCCAGACCUACAGGCCGCAUUCACCAAAAAGGCAUUUCGUGGUGAUAUCCACCUCAUGUUCCGCUGCUCAACAGACAGUCGAAUCACCGAAGACAUGCUUUCGAAGGGCCCUAGCAACCUGACUAAUAACAAAGUGGAGGUGUGGCUCGAUGAAAUUGGCAGCAAAAGGUAUACUAUUUACAAAGUUCCUACCCCGUUGAAAAACAAACGCUCGAAUAAAAAAAGCAGAGCCUCAGACAAUAUUACACCAGAAGAAGCUGCCCUUGACGACUCGAUUGACGCAGAGGGACAAUUACUAGCUGAAAUCUUUGACCAAUAA